AUGCUAACGUGCUUUUUAUUUCAUCUCUAGAUGGUGAUUUACUGGUUGUAUCUAUAGACAGAGAUUGCGGUAUGAGGUUCUGGGAUAUUAAGAAGAAAAUCGAGAUCGCUAAUAAUGGUUGCUCCACUAAACGCAUCAGCCACAACGGAUGCCGAGAUUUCUGCAUAGGCCAAGAAAAUGGAAUUUUAACAUCAUUUGAGAGAGUUGGUAAUAAUAUUAUACCUGGCCCGUCAAUCAAUUUAGAACUCUCAAAGGAUGAAGAAGUGCUCAUACAUACUUUUCACAAAAAUAAUAUAUCAAUACUAACAUACGCGUACGGUGGAGUUAUACUUUAUAAUUACGAAGUGUUGAUCAAUAACGGGAUCUUAACUGGGUUUAAAUUAAUUCAUGAAACAGUUUCUAUAGUUUUACCUUUUCUAAUAAACCAAUGGGCCAAAUUUACUAUACUAAAUGUAGAUUACUACUAUGUAACCAACGAUUUUUGGGGAUUCGCAACGAAUUAUCACUUAGAAGACGAUCAUUUAAUAAAUUGUUAUGUGCCCCUACACUCUGAUGUCUUGUCAAUGCUGAUGCAUGCUCACUUGAUUAUUCUUGGUUUUCAAGACGGUUCCAUUAGAUUAUUUUCGAUUAAAAAUAUCGCUGAGAUGAUGGAGCUACCCAACGAUACCACCAGAAUUCUAUGUUCAAGAAAGAUUCAGAUUACCGAUAAGCCGAUAUUUAUUUUGAAUUUUUGGAAAGUUGAAGAAAAAAAUUUCAUUGUUGCUAUUACGGAUGAAACGAUUCAUUUGAUUAGGUUUUCAUAGAAUUUUUUAUUACUAACUGAUUAUUUGUCAUUGUAUUUUGCAAUAUUGUAAUAAAUAAUAAUAAAA